AGCCUGCUCUUCUUCCUCCUGUCCGCUUCGGAACUCAAACACAAAUACAACGCCCAUUCUUCUCUUGCUAAUUCGUUAACAAUCAAACACAUUCGUCAAGAUGUCGGGCAGUGCGGGCUUCGACAGACACAUUACGAUCUUCUCUGACCAGGGACGAUUGUAUCAAGUCGAGUAUGCAUUCAAGGCCAUCACCGCCGCAAAUAUCAUGUCGAUAGGUGUGCGGGGCAAGGACUGUGCAGUUGUGCUGUCUCAGAAGAAGGUUCCCGACAAGCUGAUCGAUCCUGCUUCCGUGUCACACAUCUUCCAGAUCUCUCCUUCGGUCGGCUGCGUUAUGACGGGCUCCAUCGCCGAUGCUAGAGCAUUUGCCCAGCGGGCCCAGGGCGAAGCUGCCGAGUUCAAAUACAAGUAUGGAUAUGAAAUGCCAUGCGAUGUCGUGGCCAAAAGGUUGGCAAACAUCUCACAAGUAUACACUCAGCGCGCAUACAUGCGUCCAUACGGUGUGGCGACGACUCUGAUAUCACUCGACUCGGAGUUUGGUCCACAACUCUACAAGUGCGAUCCCGCGGGCUACUACAUCGGCUACAAGGGUACCGCCGCUGGCCCCAAGCAGCAAGAGGCUCUCAACCACCUGGAGAAGAAGCUGAAAAACCAAGACCAUGCUCAGGGCUCUUGGGAAGAGGUGGUCGAGCUGGCCAUCACCACCCUCAGCACCGUCCUCAGCAUGGACUUCAAGAAGACCGAGAUCGAAAUUGGCAUUGUGGGCGGACCCCGAGCGGACGGCAAGGAGGGCACAGAUCCUGGUUUCAGGAAAUUGACCGAGGAUGAGAUUGAUGAGCGUCUUCAGGCGAUCGCUGAGAAGGACUAAGCCGGUUCAGCCGGUUCAGAUUUGAAUCGAUAGAGUCUGACCUGACAAUAGGUCAUCUUGGAGCCUCGAUGAGGACUCGCAACGAUUGAGAGGUCCGCGCGGAAGGGGGCCAUUCUCCGAAAGGACCGUCUGAUUCGAGGUAUGGACUCGUCGCCGACGUGAAGCUCAUACCCAAUCUAUUCGGCCCUUCAUGUUCUAUUAGCCAUGACAUGUCAUUUCUAGAAUCGAAGCAUGCAUUUUGAUAC